UAAGAUUCCAACUUCCAAACGUUUGAAUGCUCUGUGCAGUUGCGAAACAUUUCUCGUAAUUGGACGCUGCUACACUGCCAGACUCCCAUACAGACGAGUUUGUGAUACUUGAUGCGUGAAUAAAUAAAAAUUCCCGCCAGUGUCGUGUUGAGGGUUGGCCGCCAACCGCAAACGAUGCCCCAUCGGCCGGUGCUAAUUGCCACGGCGAGGGCAGCUGCCGUGCUGUUCCUGCUGCUUCUAUUGUGCGCUGCGAUCGAAUCCCGGCGCGUGCACCAUGCAGCCGACGAUGAAGGUCUUAUUAAUCGGCCAAAAUUGGUGGAUGCGCCGCGGAAUAUCCUGCAUCCUGCCGAUAAGAAAGCUCUACAUUCACAUCGGAUUAAAAGAUAUACUGGGAUAUUAAGCAAACGUUUUAAGUUGAAUCGCAGAUAUCAGGAGUGCGUGGGUCCCGGCGAAGUGCAAGGCCAUUGUAAGCAUGUCGUCUACUGUCCAAUGGACGUGGUCGGCAUCAGUAGCAAGUCUUCAUUGGAUUAUCUCUGUAUUAUUGAAAAAAUGCACGUCGGUGUAUGCUGCCCGGACGACAUUCUGCUGCGGAGUUUAACCGGCGCACAGGUCAUCAUGGAUUUACCGGCUUCCGGUGACGAGUAUGGUGAAGAAGAUGCUAACACCGGUUGUGGUUUAAUGUCCUUGGCUCGUCCUGCGAGUGGUUCACGUAAUACUCCUGCAAAACGUUGGCCAUGGCUCGCUGCACUUUUUAAACCCACAAUACAAAAACAACAAUUUUGUGGCGGUGCAGUCAUAACAGAUGUACAUAUACUUACAGCUGCGCAUUGUUUUGAAAAUUUAAGAAAUGAAGAUAUUCGUGUCCGCCUUGGUGAAUACGACUUCCGGCGUGCAGAUGAAACACGCUCUCGGGAUUUCGCAGUUGUAAAAAUAAUAAAACACGAAGAAUACAACCAAGCAACUUAUGAGCAUGACAUCGCCAUUUUAACCCUGGAUAGAUCGGCAACCUUCAACUCAUACAUGUGGCCUAUUUGCCUACCUCCUCUGAAUAGGACCUACGAGGGUGAAACUGUCACCGUGGCUGGUUGGGGACAGCAGGCAUACAUGGGUCCUACGAGUGAUGUCCUUCUGGAAGUAACAAUGCCGGUUUGGCCACAAAUAAGAUGCGUGGAUGCUUUUGCGCAGCGCAUCUCCGAUAAUAACCUAUGCGCUGCAGCGUAUGAAGGUGGCAAGGAUUCAUGCCUGGGUGACUCGGGUGGUCCUCUUGUAUACCAGUUAGAAAAUGGCAGAUGGGUUGCCAUUGGGAUUGUGUCCUGGGGCAUCGGAUGCGGAAAUAAGGAUCAGCCGGGGAUUUACACGCGUGUUGAUAAGUAUAUUCCGUGGAUUGUCAGAAAUACUAUCGUAAAAUAAGAAAAUUAACACAAAAAAAGAGAAAAUGUCAACAUAGAUAUAAUUUUAAUGCUCAAUAUAAUACAUAGUUGGUUUCUUUUAUACAAUAUCCAAGUAAACAAUUGCUUCAAGUAAUAA